AUGAAAGCCAUCAUCGCGUUGUGCCUCAUUGCUGGAGUUUCGGCCCGGUACGCCUACAACAACCAAUAUGAAAUUGGAAUUCCGCAAAACUACUACGCCAGCCAGCAGUACAAUGGCUACUACAGCAAUGGCCAGUACAACAAUGCCCAGUACAACAAUGGUCAGUACAACCGUGAACAGUACAACCGUGAGCAGCACAGCAAUGUGCAGACUGGACCGACCGAGGCAAUCCCUGAUUCUCGCUGCCCGCGUACCGAUGACCUGAAGCACCCGGUCCAUCUGCCAUACGCCGGUGACUGCAGCAAGUUCCUGAAGUGUACCGGAGGAAUGGGAUUCGCCAUGAGCUGCCCUGGUGGACUGGAGUUCAGUGCACGCACGAACCGUUGCGACUAUCCCGCAGUUGCUCAGUGCAGCGUAGAACCAUCAGAAUGA